AUGGGAAUAGGUAAAUGCUUAUUGAUAAAUUUUGGCAUCCCUGCUAUUGGAGCUGACCUUGCCCAUGCGGUUGGAAAUAUCCCUUUAGCGCUUAACGAAUGGGAUGUCGACUUUGCCGUGUGGUGCACUUACAAGUACCUCAAUGCAGGCCCUGGCUCUAUCGGUGGGUAUUACAUAAACAAAAGGCAUCUCGACAAAGAUGACAAACUCCCAGCAGGCGAUGCCGGGCGAUAUCUUGUAUCCAACCCGCCCAUUCUAAGUUUGGUCCCGGUCAAGGUUUCCCUGCAGCUGUUUCGUGAUACGGGAGGCAUUAUCCCGCUUCGAGAACGAUCCACGAAACUCACAUCAUACUUGAGAAGCCUAUUGGUGGAGCGGAUCGGCCCACCAACGAUCACCAUCAUUACGCCAGAAGGCCAAUGCGGAGCUCAGCUUUCCAUCUCCAUCACCGUCAUCCCAAUUGAUGAAGUUGCCAAACAGCUUCUGCUGGAAGGAAUUGUUGUCGAUACUAGGCGCCCAAAUGUACUGAGGGUAGCUCCAACGGCUCUUUAUAAUACGUUUGUGGAUUGUUUCCUUUUUGUAAAGGCUCUUGCAAAAAUUUUGUGCAAGCUGCUUUCAACUGCGCAGACCAUCAAGCCAGCCUUGAAACCCAUAAUUCCUCCUUUUCUUUUAAAGCUAUCAGCGCGCUUUCCAGAAUUUUCCGAGCCUGAUCGCUCGCUUCUUGUCGAAAAAAUCAAUGAUGGUUCGAUUUUGUCUACGCUUCAGCCAAAGCAAUAUAAAACCAUACUCUUAUUGAUGAAGUUGAACAAAAAGAUACCGCCCCACAUGCGCUGUAAGGAUCUAACCCUAAUUCCGCCAGCGGGCCUGCCCCCGAAGCACCUUACAGCCACAAAGAAGCGCCAUUCGGGUCGCAACUACACCGGGCAGAUUGUUGUUCGGCACAAAGGAGGCGGGGAACGUCACAGAUAUCGUUUGAUUGACUUUAAAAGAACCGAGGCGUUCAGUCCGCUGCUUUUGGGUGUCAAAUCUCAACCCCCAUCUAAUACCGGACCGCCGAUCCAACGAGUCGUUCGCAUUGAAAAAGAUCCGAAUAGGACAUCCCAUAUUGCGCUGCUCCAAAGAGAGGCCGAUAACUCUCUUUCGUAUAUUGUGGCACCAGAUGGCCUAAAGGUCGGAGAUACCAUUAAAAACGACGGGACUCCCGGACUUGGCGAGUAUUUACCUCUAUCCUUUAUUCCGGUGGGGUCCUCUGUUCACAAUGUCGAGCUGAAGCCAGGAAAAGGGCCCCAGCUGGCAAGGUCUGCUGGAACUCGGGCUAUUUUUGAAGGAAUGGAUCUUUCCGGAGAAAAGGCAAUCAUUAUCAUGCCCUCCAAAAGGAAGGUGCUUGUAGAUCGAAACUGCAAGGCAGCCAUUGGUCAGGUUUCAAAUAUUUCUUGGGGAUCGACACCCUUGGGCAAGGCCGGUGUAAAUAGGCGGCGAGGCAUACGGCCGACAGUUAGAGGCAUGGCCAUGAAUCCUGUAGACCACCCUCAUGGCGGUGGAAAGGGCGGUAGAAACAAGGGCCAUCAUUCGCGCUCACCUUGGGGCAAGAUUGCAAAGUGA